AUGCCGCCAAAAAAGAACGACAAGCAAGCCGGCGGCAAGAAGCCCACGGCGGCCAAAAUGGUCGAAGACCGAACCUUCGGCAUGAAGAACAAGAAGGGCGGCGUCGCCAAGCGACAAAUUGCGCAGAUGACGUCGAACCUCAAGAGCGGCGGCACUCCGGAGCAGAAGAGGAAGGAGGCGGAGAAGGCGCAGCGCGAGAGGGAAAAGAAGGCGGCCGAGGAGGCCAAGAGGGAGGCCGAAGCCCUGCUGAACAGGCCGGCGCAGAUUCAAAAGGUCCCCUUUGGGGUCGACCCCAAGACGGUGGUCUGCAUAUUCUACAAGAAGGGGAACUGCGAGAAGGGCAAGAAGUGCAAGUUCUCGCAUGAUUUGGAGAUGGAGAGGAAGACGGAGAAGAGGAGCUUGUAUACGGAUACUAGGCAAGAGGAGGAGGAGAAGAAGAAGGCGGAGACUUCGGCGGAUUGGGAUGAGGAGAAGCUUCGCUCUGUGGUUCUGUCGAAGAAGGGAAACCAAAGGACUACAACCGAUAAGGUCUGCAAAUACUUUAUUACUGCUAUCGAGGAUGGCAAGUACGGUUGGUUCUGGACUUGUCCCAAUGGUGGUGAUAAGUGCAUGUAUAAGCAUGCCCUGCCUCCUGGAUUUGUUCUCAAGACCAAGGAGCAACGGGCAGCUGAAAAGGCGCUUAUGGACAAGUCUCCUCUCAAGACCCUAACCCUCGAGGAGUUCUUGGAAUCGGAGCGACACAAACUUACCGGAACCCUGACCCCUGUCACACCCGAAUCAUUCGCCAAAUGGAAGAAGGAGCGUCUCGAUAAGAAGGCGGCUGAGGAGCAGGCCAUGAAGGCCAAGGAAGCAACCGGUAGGGCCCUCUUCGAGAGCGGCAACUGGCGGACCGUGGACGACUCCGAAGAAGAAGACGAGGGUGAGAGCGAUGCUUGGAACCUGGAGAAGCUACGGAAGGAGACGGAGGCUCUUCGAGAAAAGAAGGAAGAGGAGCGCCUGGCCAGCCUUUACGUCCCCUCAACGACGCAUCCCCCAGCGGCACCAAAACCUAGCCAGAAUGCUCCUACGAUAAGUUCACAGACUGGCCAAAAGGCGACACCUCGACCCACGCCUACACAAUCACAGAGCCCAUCCCAGGGAAGAUUGCCAUCCCAAUCGCAAUCUUCGUCGAGGAUAUCAGUAGUGCUAAGGCCACCGGCCACACCGCACCAGUACCACGAUGCAGACGCAGAUGAAUUGGGUAACGAUGAGCUCGUCAUGUCGGAUCUUACCCCGCAGUUCAGAAGGAAGGUUACGCAGCAAGUACAGCAGGCCUCGGCAUUAUCUCGCGAAGCGCGCCAAACGAGCGCACCUACGCCCAAGGCCACAACCCCGGUCCUUCCACGAAUUGUAAGGACGACGACGACGGCGGCGACAUCCUCACCUAGGAGGACCAAAACACCAACGCAGCCAUCUUCCGCAGCGGAGUCGCCCAAACCAAAGCCACAACGCCUAGGUCGACCCAAAGGCUGGAAACCGGGCAUGUCCUACGCCGACGUCUGGAGAUUCGGGCCCGAAGUAGCCGCAGAAAACGCCCGUUUAAACCCCGCCAAGUCCGCGGAAAAGGUCUCGCCGAAACGACCAGGACGACCUCGGGCAGCAGCCACACAGCCGAAUUAUUACAGCGGCGUGCCCAAGCGUCGCGGACGGCCGCCCAAGCCGCCGCCGCCGACGCCAAGGGCCAUCUACGACGGGUUACAACCGCGGUACAUCCAGUUCCAGUGCGAGUGGGAGAAGUGCCAGGCCGAGCUUCACAACCUUGAGACGUUACGGAAACAUGUAAGGAUAGUGCACUGCGGUGGGGCGAUGCCGGCUACGUGUCUCUGGGGAGACUGCGCUGUGAAGGCGUAUCCGCCCAAGUUUGCGACGAGGGAGGCGUUGUUGGGGCAUGUUGAGGCGAGGCAUAUGACGCCGUUUGCGUGGCACGUCGGCGACGGUCCCAGGAUCAGCAUGCCGGAUAGUACGGGCGUGGGUAAGACAUCUCCUACGGACGGCGAGAAGGAGCAGCUUCCGGAUUUCCUCUUCGAUGAGGACGGGAACCAAGUUACGCCGUCGGUGCGAGACCAGCAGAUCGAGGACUUUGCAACGUGGAAAGAGAGACGGAAAAAGCUUAAGGCGCUGCUCCGGAAGAUCAAUGAUGCGUUGCCGGAAGAGGAGGAGUCGGGAGCGUCGGAUGAUGAGAAUAUGCACUAUGCGCCGUUGCUGGGAGGCACGAGCGGCUUUUGA